AUGGAAUCCACCUACCAAUCAUUGGUCCAACGCAUCCUUUCCAAAUGGGAAGAAAAGAAGGUUUCCUCUUCCAGCGCACCGGAUACCCAUCCCCGUCUAAUCAUCGCGCUGGCGGGGCCACCGGGCUCCGGCAAAACAACCAUCGCUCAACGCGUCGUCUCCGCCAUCAACAACUACCCCGGACCCCACCCCAAAUCCGUCGUCAUGUCCGCUGACGGCUUCCACUUACCCCUGGCAACACUCCGCGCACUUCCGAAUGCUGCGGAAGCGAUCGCCCGGCGCGGCGCGCCGUGGACCUUUGACGGACAAGCUGUCGUCGAGAUCGUCCGCGAACUACGGGUGUCUGCCGGCCACCAGCCGGUCUUGGCGCCUACAUUCGACCACAAAGUCAAAGACCCCGUCAUUGGCGGGUUCACGGUGGAUGCCGAUGUCGACGUCUGCAUCGUUGAAGGGAAUUACUUGCUUGCGGACGAAGAGCCUUGGGGUCAGAUUGCUCCGCUGGUGGAUGAUCGUUGGCUGGUCAGAGUUGAGUCGGCACUGGCCCGUACAAGGGUUGCGAAAAGACAUGUUGCAGCCGGUAUUGAGGACACUAUGGAAAAGGCAUUGCACAGAGCAGAGACUAAUGACAUGGCCAAUGGGGAGUUUGUUGCUAAACGGAGCGAAGGCAGAUAUGAUCUCUUGAUUGAUAGUGUCGAGGAGUUACCAAAUUAG